AUGUCUUGUGAAACGUGUAACACAAAGUUCAGUUUCUUCGCACGCAAGAAACAGUGUACCGAGUGUUUGAGGUAUUUCUGUACCAAAUGUGUGAUCAAGCAAUUAAACAAGAUUCGCAGUUGUGAUAGUUGCAGUAUAUUGUCAUUAAGACCAUUGGUACGAAGUCAAAUUGUGCAAAUGCGUUCCAAACACUUGCGUCAUUACUUGUUGGCAAAGAAAGUAUCCAUCGAAGACUGUAUUGAGAAGGAAGAUUUGAUAGAACUAUUGAUGAUAUUCGCUAAUGGUGCUAGCAAAUAUACAAGUAGAGAAACACCAGAUAAUGUAAAGAUACAUAGCACUAAUAAUCCUACUUCAAAUCAAUCGGCAGAUUUAAAAAAUGUAAAUACCAGUGAAUCUAAUGUUCGAAAAUGCGAAACAAGUAACACGAAAAUCGAUCAUGAUGAAAUGACAAAAAUUCCGAGUACAUCAUUUGAUACAAGUAACAGACAGUGGUCUGAUCAAAUCAAACUAUUCAAUAUAAAUGCAUUAUCAGAAUUGGAGUAUUUGAGUGUGAAGCAAUUAAAAAAUUUGUUAAGUACAAAUCGAGUAGAUUACAAAGGCUGUACAGAGAAACGUGAACUAUUGGAUAGAGCCUCUAGAUUGUGGCAGGAACACAGACAAUCAAAAGCAAAUGCAGAAACAUUGGAUGAAAAUCUUUGUAAGAUCUGUUGCGAUGGACCGAUUGAAUGCGUGUUCUUAGAAUGCGGCCACAUGACUUGUUGCAUCAACUGUGGCAAACAAAUGUCAGAGUGUCCUAUAUGUAAACAGUAUGUGGUACGAGUUAUACGGUUCUUCAAAGCUUAACAAA